AUGAAGAAUAUGCUGUUGAUUCCCUUCUAUCGAAUGACCGUAGUUACUCCUAAGAGAUAUUUCCUUCUCUAAAUUAAUCAAUCUACAAAUCUAUAAACCCAAAGUCUCAUUGAUUAAGGUCAUUUAAUAUUUGCAGCAAAAAAAGAUUAGGGAAUGAUGUACAUUUUUAACACAAAAGAUGAAGUCAUCCCCUAUGAUUUUGCUACUCAAGAUAGCUCUAUCAAAGAUUUCAAAAUUGAGGAAAUUGAAUUAAGAACACAAGGAGAAUCGAAAUAAUUAUCACAUUUAUAUAAAUUUAGAUGA